AUGAGUUUAACCAUUAGAUCAAAUAUAGUACCAUUGGUACCAUUUUUCAUAAGUUCCGUUUAUGCAGCAUCUGGAAGUCUUGAUGAAACCCCAAAUGAUUCCAGUGAUUCCAAUGAUUCCGAUGACUCAGGAGCCAAAGCGGAUGAUAAUGGUGAUACUAAAACAGCUAAUACUGCCACUGCCAAUACUGCCAAAACCGCAAACACUAAUACUGCAAACACCAACACUGCUAAUACAAAUACUGCUAAUACAAAUACUGCUAAUACAAAUACUGCCAAUACUGAAACCGCAAACACCAACACAGCUACUGGAACCACCCAAUGGUGGACACCAACAACAGUAACAACCAACACCGCCACUACAAAAGCCACUGAUAAAACUGAUAAAACAGACAAAACAGAUACCAAAGAUAAAACAGACACUAAGGAUUCCACAGAUAGUGCCAAAUAUAACCAAUGGGGAUUUACCGGUGACCAAUCAGUUUGGGAAGCCAGUACUGCUGAUGAAUCUUCAUCUGGCUCAUCUUCUCAUUCCACUCACAGUAUCAAGAAAAACUCAUCAUCAUCUGCUGCCAGAAAUAUUCCAUUUUACAUUCCAGAAAAAGAUUAUACCGUAAAGAAAACUUUAUUGAUUACAUCUUUAUUAGGUAUUGCUGCUUGUUUCACUGCUUUAUAG